AUGGCCAAAAAAACUGCCAAGAAGGAAGUGACAGGCAGGAACUUGCAUCAAAGCGCCGAAGAGGAGGGAACAUUCUCACUGGCCAGUCAGGAUGUCCUGAGGAAUAGAACCAUAAAGAGAGCCAAGCGGAGAAACACCAGACUCCAGCCCGAUGACGGAGGAACUUCCAAAGGGAUUAAAGGUCUGGCUGUGCCUUCAGGAGGAGGAGAAUUUAGCAGUGGCCCUGGAGAGGAGCCCCGGGAAGGACUAUCAACCAGAAAGAACACAGCCAGGGCUGCAGCAGAGCCCAAGGCAGUCCUGGGUUCUGUUACAGCGAAUGUCCCCACCUCUUCGGACCAUGAACAGAUCUCAGAUCCCCAGACUAACGGCCACAGUCAGUAUCCUGCCUUCUCCGGCCUGGCUUUCAGUCAAGCCUACGCUGGGAGUGUCUACCACAGGCAGUUGACUGGCCUGAACUGCUCUGUCCGGGACUGGAUAGUGAAGCAUGUGAACGCAAACCCGUUCUGUGACCUGACGCCUGUGUUUAAACAGUAUGAGAAAUACUUGGUUGCCAUCGAGAAGCAGCUCCAUAGCAGCUGCGGCUGUCUUUUCGAAAGAGAUCCCAACAGGGGCUGGGUUGGGACACAGCCUCCUUCCCGAGAUGUUGCGGCUGAUCUACAGCCAGAGUCAGUCACGUCUGAAAAGACGGAGUUUAUAGCUGAGAAGAAAGCGGACCCAUCCCAAGGAGCAACAAGUGCCUCGUGUAACUUUGGCAAGAACACGACUGAAAGCCAAGUUUGGGUUUCCUUAAGCUCUGGUCCCAUGAAUGGAGUUUCGUCAUCUACCAGAAGCUCCAGUUUAACAGGUAAAGGUACCACCCAGAGGAAACCAGUAUCUGCAAACGCCCUGGACAGUCCAGCACAAGGCAGCAGUGAUGAAUACAAAGACAGAAGGGAUGAGCCACCCAUGGCGGUCCUCGUGGAAGAGGAGGAGGAGGAGGAUGUUUUCUACUCCAAAAGAUGUAAACUAUUGUACAAGAAAGGCAGUGAAUUUAAAGAAAAAGGUGUGGGCAUACUGCAUUUAAAAGCCACGGCCAACCAGAAGACGCGGCUCUUAGUGCAUGAUAUCAAGGUAGGCAGCGUACUCCUGAAUGUGGUGAUCUCUGCCAAUACGCCAUGUACCCGGAUGGGGAAGAAUAACGUCCUCAUUGUCUGUGUGCCGGAUCCACCGCUUGAUAAGAAGAAUGCCGCCAUCGAGGUCAGCAUGCUAAUUCGGGUGAAAACAAGCAAGGAUGCAGAUGAGCUGCACAAAAUGUUACUGCAGAGAAAGGGUGCUUGAACACACAAAUUCCACCGCGGAGCUUGCCAACUUCCUGCUUUUCGCUCUGCCCCCAAAAUGUAGUUUUUCAUCUGUCUUUGCUUAUGACACCCUAAGA